AUGUUGAUGGAAGAAAUCCAAUUAGAGGCUGCGAAUGAAGACGCGCAAACAGGUGGACCCUCUCGGGCACGGACACACCUGGCCGCUGUGACUCCGCCCCCACCAACAGAAGUUGACCUUGUGACACUGCGGAGACAAAGCGUUAGCACGCUAAACUGACGCCGGCGGCCGUACGCCGGCGAGCCUUUACCAGGUAGUUGAAGCGACGCCUCCUCAGGCGGCGACAAAGUCCGGGAAGGCGGCGAAAGGGAGCGGCCGAGAGGUCGCGCGGAGGCUCGGGGUCGAGGUGGCGGCCUACCUGCGUGGGCGGGACGCACUCCGCUUCCCGCAGACACGCCUGGGCCAGCGCUAGCGCCAACAGUACCCAUGCGUUUCCCUUCAUCCGGCCGGCCGGCCGCCGUUCGUCCGUCGAACCGGGGCGAGAAUGCCGAGAUUAGUCGGCUUUGGACCACGUGACCGCUCGCUUCUUCCUCCCUCAUUUUUGCCGCGAUCGCAUUUCUGCGCAGGCGAGCGCCAAAAGAAAAUGAUGACUCACUCAAACAUGCUCAUGACAUGUCAUAUUAAUAGCAUGAAACCAAAAAAAAAAAAAAAUCACAAAGGUCACACACCACACACACACACACACACACACACACACACACACACACACACACACACACACACUAAGGCUCUUUAAUAAGAUUAACAGCUUUUCAAAUUGGGGCACUUGCAAAAGCUUAGUGCCGCUAAAUGUAGCUAGCGCUAACCCGACACAAAGUCCAAAGCUAGCGGUUAAGACGCAACGCAUCCUGGGGUCCCGAUGCGCGUCAUCGCCCGGAACGUCCUCGCGCCGCCGCGGGGGCGACAUCUCGACGAGGAGAAAUUUACGUCGAGGGGGCGUAGCCCGGCGCGUGCGGGAGGCGGUCCUAGCGUCGAACAUGGCUCUUCGCAGUGCUGACAAUGCGGUUUGUGUGUUUAUGAGGACAAAAUGAAUUCUCUGGACACCGGCGGAGUAAGGAUUCCCUUCUCCGGUGCUUCAAAUCUGACCUGACCACAAAGGACAAGCUUAGGCAUUUCUCUCCUAUUCCUCAGAAAGUUUAUCAAGUGAAAUCAGUAACACGAUCCCCGUUGAAUGCGGGAGUUUCUCCCACGGCAGAAGGACGUCACUGGCAAAUAGAAAAUGAGCUGCGUUUAACAGAAAAAAAUUGCAAUAUAGCACAGAGCGGUUGUUCAUUCAGUCGUCGUGCCGGGUUCGGACGGUUCGUCGGGUUCAGGGAGAGCCCCGCGGCGCGGACAGUAAAUCCAGCGUCACGGUGACAAUUCGUCCCGAUUGGACCGCCGCUCAGUCGGCAGAUUACGAGCUCUGAUCCGGGAUUCUUUCCUCCCGUGCGCGCGCAGUUUUCGCUCACGGCUUAGUCCGACCUCGGCGGGACGGGAUUCGUCCCAGAGGCCCGCCGACAGAAAAAGAAGGACCCCCGAGAAGAGCCUCCGUCCCGGCCCGGAACGGUCCACGGAAACUACAAGAAAUGAACGCCGGGAUUUUUUUUCUUCUCGACGACGGCAUCUCGCCUUCAAUUGGAUUAAGAGCACGGGAGACGGAUUAGCCCGCCGGCGUGCCGGGGGAUCGCCGGAAUAGAGACGACGUGGCCUUUCGCCCGCCACUUUUCCUCUUAUUUCAGGGAUAUGGCGUCGGUACGGACGGUCCGACUAAAAGACCGGGGCAGAGGACGCGACGCUUCUGAGCCGCUUCCAUUUUGGGCUCCGAGUAAACUCGCGGCAAUAUGCGAGACUCCUAGUAGCGGCGGAACGAAGGCUAAUCGAGUCGCUAGCGCGACCGCCGCAGAUGAAGUCGAGUGACAUCAUUAUGCGGCCUUUGUAAACAUUUCACGCGUUCUUCGUGCGUUCAUCUUUGAGCGAGCGUCGCGUUACCCGUGUUAUCGGUACGAAUAGUCUGACCUUCCUCCCGCCUGUCCUCGGAGUCGCUCGCCAGGAGACGACAUGGAGCGCGGCCACCUGCGGGAUGGCGACGAACCCGCCUCGUCGCCCACGGUGUCGUGGCGACCGUCCGCAGACGGUGAGCGUCUGGUCGGCCGAAUUCUGCUCAACAAAAGCGCCAAAGACGGAUCCGUCGACGCGGACGCCGGCGCGCUGCUCGGACUGAAGGUGGUUGGCGGUAAAAUGACAGAUUCCGGUCACCUGUGCGCGUUCAUCACUAAAGUAAAACGAGGGAGUUUGGCGGAUAUCGUAGGACACCUGAGAGCAGGUGAUCAGGUGGUGGAGUGGAACGGUCACAUUCUACAGGGAGCCACCUUCAACGAUGUCUACAACAUCAUCUCCGAGUCCAAAUCGGAGCCGCGAGUGGAGCUGUUGGUGUCGCGACCGAUCGGAGUCGCAGAGUCCUCCCGUUGCCAGCUGGAUUCCAGUUCCAGUUCCUUUGACUCUCCCGUAAACCACAACGCUACGCGAGGACAGCUCUCGACGGGGAGCGAGACCGUUCUGCUUCCCAGGCUUCAGGCCAAGCUGUGGUACGAUAAAGUGGGCCGUCAGCUGAUCGUCACCGUCCUCGGCGCCAAAGAACUUCCCGUUCGAUUAGACGGCCGGCCCAGGAACCUUUAUGUCGAAAUGUUCCUACUUCCCGACAGAAGCGGCAAGAGUAAGCGGAGAACCAAGACGGUGAAGAAGUUAGCGGAACCUCGGUGGAACCAGACCUUCGUGUACUCUCCGGUCCACGAAAGGGAUUUGCCGGAGCGUACGGUGGAGUUGACGGUCUGGGACAAGGCCGGAGUCGCAGAAGAAGGGAGUCGGUUUCUCGGGGAGGUUCUGAUCGGGCUAGAGAAGUCCGACCUGCUGGACGAUCGGCCUCAUUGGUUCAAACUUCUCAGGAACAGUUUUGCCUCUCUGCCGCGAGCCCACGCCUCUCCGUACCUGCAGAGGAGAACGCCGCUGCACAGAUCCGCUGCCGGGAGAGCGCACUCUUUUAACAGGUUCAGCGACGGAGACUUUUCCGAUUACGACUGCGAGGACGGUAUCGGGGCGAUGCCGGAUUGCCGGCUGAACGGCCGACGCCUCUGCGACCCGCACGUACCAUCUUCUCGCCCGGGCUCGGCGUGCGACCUCGUCCCGGCGAGGUACGAUCCGCCGCCGGCCGAGCGCCGGUCGCCGAGUCGCAGCGCCAACCCUCUUUACCCGCUCUACCGCGACGACGCCGUGCGGCUGCUCCGAGGCGCCAAGAUCACUCGCGCUCACUCUGACGUGGGACGCUACGGCAACCUGGAAAAGAGGUCAUUGAGAAGAAGAUCAGGGGCCAUCUCCCUGGAUUCCCACGACUGUCACUCCGGGAGAUUGUGUCACACGUCCUGGCCGCACCGCAAGGCCAACGGGAGCCUGGAGGACUUUAGCCAGAACUUCUUUCCGGAUUUACCCUCGGAGGCGGAACCUUACGACGAGGAGCUUCUGAGGCUAGGCCGGUACGACGGCUCGCUGCGCGCGAGUCCGAUCGGGAGCCCCGAGUGCGCUCGCCGAGGACGCCGGUUGCCCGCCGUCCCGCCCAAAGGUGCGGCGGACACACUUUGGGUCUCGGCCACCGAAGGCGUGACGAUCGCGGCCGGAGCGCCGCCCGCUCGUCUCACUCCUCCCCCCUCGCACGGACCGCUUCCUCACGCCGCCAAUCAUCAAUGCCCUCCGCUCAUUAGAGUGCAACCUCCACCUCCCGCGGGACCGCCGCCUUCCGCCGUCGAGGCGGGCCGCCGUGGAGCCCCGCCCUCGCCGACCCCUCCGCCCGCCGCUUCCCCUCCGGCUCCCGCCGCGCCGCCUUCUCCCGACCGACCGACCUCCCCCCCUUGUCCGCGAGCGGACCCGGUCCUCGGUCGUCGAGCUCCUCCCGCGGACCCCGCUACCUGUCGCGGGGAUCCGCCUCCCGCCGCGACCGGCUACUCCGCGGCCCCGCCUCGUCAGACGCCAGAGGCGGAGAGACGCUCGGCCACGCCCGGAGGCGGCAGGAAAGAGGUCACGUGGGAGGACCAGCGGACCAAAGCGGAUGACGGUUCGAUAACGGAUUGGGAAAAGGCGCCGGACGGCCCGGAGCCGGACGGCUUGUCGGUCAAGUCGUCCCUCAGCAAUUUGAGCGAGGCUUCCGCCGAGUCCGUCGUACCGGACGACCUUCAAAGCGUCGGCGGGUCGGAGGCCGCGGAAAGUACGGAGAACCCUUUGCCGGAUUCCGGCGCGGGACUCGAAGGACAGGACGGCCUACCGAAGAGCCAAUCGACGGAGGAAGGAGAGGAGGAGGAGGCGGCGCCCGAGUCGUCAAAGGCGCCCGCCACUCCCGCCAAGUCCGCCGCCGGCGGAGACAUUUGCUCGCUAAGCCGAAACGACGACGACGACGACGACAAGAAGCGACGCUCCAGUUUGGGCGCUCGGGUGAUGGGAAUGGUGGGACUGGGAAAGAAGAGCCAAAGCGCCUCGCAACUCAAUCCGGAAGAGGAAGAGAAGAAGAAGAAAGUGGUGAGACUCCCCGUUCAGAGGAGCGUGGAAAUCGGACUGGCCGUGGAGUUCAAGUCACGUUUCACCCGACAGCCGAGCCGCGAUCCCGACGCGGAGGACCCCAAGCCCGGCGCCUUGAUUUUUCCGGGCGUCAAGUUGGCCACGGACAAACACUUCACCGGUUUCCUCGACGGCUUAGGUCCCGCCCAGCUGGCCGGGAGGCAAACGUUAGCCACGCCACCGAUGGGAGACAUUCAGAUCGGAAUGGUCUACAGAAAGGAGCGCCUUGACGUGGAGGUGAUCCGCGCCAGGGGGCUUGUGGGUAAACAAGGCAACAAGAACACGCCGGCCGCUUACGUCAAGGUCUACCUGAUGGAUAACGGCAAAUGUCUGUUGAAGCGAAGAACCCGUCUGGCCAGAAAAACGCUGGAUCCGCUUUAUCAACAACAGCUGCAGUUUGAAGAAAAUCCCGAAGGCAAAGUUCUACAGAUUAUCGUGUGGGGCGACUACGGCAAGAUGGACCAUAAAUCCUUCAUGGGCGCCGCUCAGGUUCUAUUGGACGACUUGGACCUGUCCGUCAUGGUGAUCGGCUGGUUCAAGCUUUUUCCCGCCACCACGCUGGUGGACCCGGCUUUGGCUCCCCUGACCAAUAAAGAGACAGAAGGCGGCGGCGCGCCACAGAGCUGAUCCGCCAUCCGAGCGACUCGCGGGACCGGACCGGACCCGACCGGAAGACUCCGCCUGUGGAAUCGACGCACUAGCAAACAGACAGACAGAAAAAAAAGUCAUCCAAGCGCACUUAGCGGCGCAAAUCGGACAACCGCCAUCCGCGCUUUUCCGGCCGGAGUCGGCCGCCGACAUUAAAGGUUGGAAAUGUUUUCCGGUUUGCCGGCUCUUUUCUAGAACUUUGGAUCUUGUGGCUUUAACAAUAAAGGCAAACAAACGA